AAGAACAUGUGCCUAAAAUUGUAUUUGUAAACAAAAGUUUUAUUACGGACCUACUCUUGCAGUUUGAUUGUAAUAGUAAAUUGUAGUUAUAAAUUAAAAUGAAUCUUCUACCUAAAAGCCAUAAAGAGUUCAGUGAUAAAGAUUAUUGGAAUAAGUUUUUCAAGAAACGUGGAAACAAAGCAUUUGAAUGGUAUGGGGAAUAUCUGGAAUUAAGUGAACAUUUACACAAGUACAUCAAAUCAGCUGAUAAUGUUUUGAUAACUGGUUGUGGUAACUCAAGUCUUAGUGCAGACCUUUACGAUAUUGGAUAUAAAAACAUAACAAACAUUGACGUAUCAGAAGUAGUAAUAAGGCAGAUGAAUGCUAUAAACUGCAGUAGACACACUAUGAAGUUUACCUGCAUGGAUGCCACAGACAUGUCAUUUAAUAAUGAAGAGUUUAGUGUAGUUCUUGAUAAAGGUACAUUAGAUGCAUUGAUGCCAGAUGAAUCAGAAGAUACUUUAGCCAGGAUAGAUAAAUAUUUUAGUGAAAUAAAAAGGGUUCUGAAAUUGGGUGGUCGGUUUGUUUGUAUAUCACUUCUACAGAAUCACAUAUUGCGUAAAUUGGUUGAGGUUUUAAGUGAUAAAUCAUGGAUGCUCAGAAUAGUCAGAUGCCAUGAAGCGGAGCAGAAGAAUCUGGAAAAUGGUGAUGGAAUGUCACUACCCGUGUUUGUUGUUAUUGCCACAAAGUUUCGUGAAAUGCCAAAGCUGCUACUUGAAGUUUGCUUGGCAGGUGACAGAUUGAUUAGACUGGAAACUAAAGAGGAAUUACUAGAAAGUGUUAAAUCAUUGCAGGAUACAGCAUUCAUCACUAAUGGUCUUGCCAGAACUAACAUAGAUGGUGAUGAUGAGGUGUCCAUAGAUCUGAUGACCCCUGGUGAAGACAAUCCUCGCUACACUCUGUAUGUACUUGAUCAGAAGAAAUUUUACACAGUCAAUAAAUAUGCAGUCUUCAUUGUGCCGCAAGGAAGAGAAUCCGAGUGGCUAUUUGGUACACCAACUGGCCGGCGGCAAUUGCAAGAUUCGGCAAAGUACGGCCGUUUGGUGAUCGCAAUCCUCAGGCGUGGUCACCACUUCGGCAGUCUUGACGCUGUGAAGGAGGAGCUAGCGCACUCAGCUAAGAUGCUGAUACCCCAUAACUUCACUGGACAGAUUCCAUUCCUGUCUCUGGGCAGCGACGUGGGAAAACGUGUGAAGGUAUACGAGGGCACGUCGAAAGUGUCCGGUGACUUCGUGAUCGAGGACGUGGACAUCGAUGGAGUCACCUACAGGCGGCUGGUGUUCUUGGAUAAUCAGUUCCUUGUGCAGUCCGAGGCUAAACUUAAAACAGUGAAACGUAAGGGUAAAACUAGAGCCGUGGUAGACUUCGGCCACAUAUCGCAGUACCAUACGUUCAUGUGUGUGGGUGUGGAGCUAGGGGGGGCCCGUGUGGCAGUCUUGGGUGUGGGGGGAGGGGGGCUCUGCAUGUUCCUAAAGAAGUGCUACCCGCUAGCGCAGAUAACGGCGGUAGACCUAGACCCCACUAUGUUGGAAAUCGCUAGAAAACAUUUUGAGAUGGAAGUGGAUGAGAAAUGUGUUGUACUUAUCAAAGAUGCGCUGGAUUUCCUGAAGGAAGGUGCUGAGAGAGCAAGUGGUGAUGGAGCUGGUCGUGUUCCAGGGUCACAGUACGACGCAGUGUUGUGCGACGUGGACAGCAAGGAGUGCGGGGCCGGGCUGUCCUGUCCGCCGAAAGGAUUCCUGACGCCCGCCGCGCUCGAGCACACCAGUGCGCUGCUCUCUGAACGAGGACACUUCAUUCUCAACUUGGUAUGUAGGGACACAACACUACGGGACUCCAUACUGGAGACUUUGAAAGGUCAUUUCAAACACAUUGCGUCCUCCAAGCUCUACGAAGAUGUAAAUGAGAUUAUAUUUGCCACAAACAGUGGAGAGUACACGAUUGACAUUCUGGAAGCAGCGGCCAAGUCAUUGAAUGCGGAGGCUAGAGGAAGAAACCUUGUCAACGCUAAGUGUGUGGAUUUGAAGGACUUUUUGCAAUCUGUUAAUAUUAUUUCGUAAUGUUAAUAUAUGUAUGUUUUAAUUAUAUAAGUUUUAUUAUAAAUAUACAAAUGUUUAUUGUA